AUGUCAGAUGAGUUGCACAAUUUUGAUUACCAACGAGCUGCACAGCCGUCAACAAGUGUGGAAGGAUUGACCUUUCAGCAAAGGAAGAGGUUAGAGGGGCGACGUCGUUCACUUGAGCUUCAGGCAUUGCUUUGUGACGAAGAGGGAACGGAGGGAGAACCGAAAGAGCGGGAGCAAGCUGCCGUCGCAGAUGUGAUUUUGCCAAUCUCCAAGGAGGAGCAGUAUUGGCAAGAAGUGUGGCAGAUUGCCAAAAUUGCGCGCAAUGAUGCAGAGGCGAAUGAUGCCCGCGUCGACAAAGAUCUAUCUGGUGGUCCUUCACCAUUUGAUGUGAGCGAGCGGAUGACAACCCAGGCCUUUGAGCUGGUUAGCUUCGACUGUGUCCCGUGA